AUGAAACCUAUUUUUGUGAAUUUGAACCUUGAGUGCUAGUUUGAAAACAAAAACUUGGUUUGGGGCUAUCCUAGUCUUUUUCUCUAAAAAGAAACUAAUUUCUAUAUCAUUCAUAUUUAUCUUCUAAAUUUUAAAUGUAAAAAUAUACAUAAGUAAUAUAAAAAUUAAACUUUUAAAAUUAUCUUUAACUUUUUAGAAUAAAGAAAAUAGACUCUCAUGAGGAAUAAGGAUUUUGGAUCAUUGUUUCACCUUUAAUUUAAUUUAUUUUAGGUGUUGGUUUUAUUUAGUAUUUAAUAUUUUGGAUUUCUAAUAUUUAAAUUUUAAAUAAUAUUAUGUAAUUUAUUUUAAUAACUUAUUUUAUAAUUAUUUUAAAAGAAUUAUUUAUUUAUAUUAGAUCGCAAGUUAUCUCAUCUAACUCAUGCAUGAUCUAGAUGAUCUAAGUUCGAGUUUACAUAUUGAAGCUCAUACUAUAAAUAAGCUGAGCUGAACUAUCUCAUGAAAGAUCUGAGCUGAACUAUCUCAUGAAAGAUCUGAGCUUACUAUGAGCUGAGAUGAGUUGAGCAAUCUAGCUCAUUUUGACACCCCCUAUGAUUGAUACAAAGUACAAACCAAUGUUUAAAAAUCAUUGGGCAUUUAAACAACGUUUUAUAAGAGAUUAUUGAUUAGGCGGAUACCUAAACCGAUUUUUUAAACGUCUUAACCAAUCAUUUAAAAGAUUGUUAAAAAAAAAAAAUCAAUUUGUUUAGGUUCACUUUGUCGCUGCCCGCCUAAACUAGAACAUUGAUACAAACAAUAUGUUUUCUUUCUUUUUCAUACAUGAAAAGUGGAAACAUAUUUAUAGGAAACAUACAAACGUUAAAUGGAUCAUACAUACGUUUUUAUGUAUCGAUAUUUUCUUGAUUCUCGUAUACCACGGCUUAUGAAACUCAUGCAGUGUGUCCCUUUAGGGACAUUCGAUAAAAUUGGAAUGAAAUAAAGAAAAUUAGCAUGGUCCAUGCGUAAGGAAGACAUGCACGAAUUGAAAACUAGUCCAAAUUUUAAAAUUAGAAUUCAUUAUCUCAACUAGAAAAUAUUCCGACUAUUAUGUUAGCAAUCUUACAUGUUGUGGUUUCGGAAAUGGAAGAACUAGAACCUUCUGAUAUUGAAACAAAAUAAAAAUACUUAUGCAGCGUGUUGAAGUUAAAUUAACUCAUAAAGCAUUUCGCAGAUGGUAAAAAAAGAAAAGGAAUGAAAGUGAAAAAGAGAGGUAGAAUCAUAUGUACAAAAAAUGUUAUGAUUAAUAAUUUUUAAUUCUUGUCAAGAUUGUUCUUUUGUAUCUUUAUGAGCGAUUUGGUUUUCAGGUUUCUCUGCUGGAUGAAGCUUGGUUCAAAUUAUUAUUGUCUAUACAAACCUGACUGAAGUGUUAGACACUUGUACUUAGCGAUGUACAUUUACAUGCUUUUUGUGACAUUACUCCAGUGAGCUUUAAGUUACUACUUACAAUGAGCUUUAUAAGUUAUGUAAUGUAGCCCGCCCGUAUAUGGACGUGUGGUACGUGUUUGUCCACUCUUCUCCGCAGUGCCGGUCCUGACAUGGCGAAGACCACAAGCAAUUUUUUUAAAAAUAGCCCAUUUUAACUAAACGCUUAAUUGGCUAUAUUACACGAACUAGCUAUACUAAUACGGACAUGAAAUUUUUUUAAAAAAUAUGUAAAGGUGAUUCAAAAAAUAGCUUGUGUGGCCCAAAUCAAUUUUACAGACACUUAUUAAAAGUUCAUAAACCUAAUAGCACAUUUUAAAGUACCUAAUAAUAAUUUGUAAAAAUACCUAAAACAUGAAACUUUUUUAAACAUGGUCUUAAAAUAAUAAACUCUACUCAAAAUAUAUAAACCUAAUAGUACCUUUAUAAAGUACCUUAACCUAAUAUCAUUUUGUAUACAUAAUUAAGAUAUUAAGAAUUUUUAAAUAAACACAUGGUUUUAAUUUUCAGAUAACUGCUAGAUCAAAUAAAAACUGGUAUAAAUUGACUCUGGACUCGAUUUGAUCUGUGUUAGAAUUUUUUGAUAUACAAGAUCUUUAGAUCCCAAGGUACAAUGAAAAUAUGAAAUAAUGAACGUGAACAAUCUGUAAAAUCAUCUAAACGUUUUGAUUCAGCUAUUACAACUAGAAAACUGUAAUAUGUUUUGAAAAUGUUUAAGCAGAAAUUAUUUACUUCCACUAUUCGAGAUCGAUCCUUAGAAAUCACGAUUUUGGUUAUUGUGUCUCAAAGGUCGACAAGGUCCACAUGAUAUGGCAAUACAGCAUUUUAAAUCUUAUACAAAGGGUUAAUAAGCAUAUUCUCUUAACACAUUAGUUAAAAUGCUCAAAAUUUUCUUACAUUAGACCUAAGACAAUACUCCAAGACUCUCAUCAGUUACGUUGUACGGAAACAAAGCAUGUUAUAGUAAUUGAUGAAUUUAAAGCAUUUUUGACCCAAAAAGGAGCAUUUAAAGCAUUUAUAUUCGUAUAUUUACUUGAAAAUCAUCUUGAUAUAUACUAGCAUAUAAAGAUAAAAAUCUAUGUUUUAACUAGUUUGAUAAUUUAACUAAUUGACUCGUUACUAAUAUUGAUGUUUCCAUCAAUCACAAUUUACAGUCAAGUCAAACUUUUGACAUAAAUCUAUAAAUACAGCAAACUGUUAUCAGUGUUUAUAAACAAAUUCUUCACUAUCUCAAAUCAAAAUCAGAACAUAUAAAAAUGAAGUUCGGAAAAGAAUUUUCGUCACAGAUGGUGCCUGAGUGGCAGCAGGCUUACGUGGACUACAAGUAUCUAAAAACCCUAAUCAAAGAUAUCAACCGCUUCAAACGCAAAACCAAUCCUCAAGGCCAUGAGAUGACAACGGCUCUGCACCGCACAUUCAUCGGUCAAAAGAGACAUGGCUUUGGCGGCGGUUGCGGUCAGAUCAGCCCUUCUUCGACAGUGGUCGACAUUAACGACGGAAUAACGACGGCGCCAAUUCAUGUGAGUUCUUCGGUGACUCACCAGUACGAGACGACGUUUUUUAUGACGGCGGAGAGAGGAGGAGAGUAUGAGUUGGUGUUUUUCCGGCGACUAGACGACCAGUUCAACAAAGUGGAGAAGUUCUAUAAAGAGAAAGCUGAUGAAGUGGUGAAAGAAGCGGCGGCGCUUAACAAACAGAUGGAUGCGCUGAUCGCGUUUAGGUUUAAGAUGAAGGAGGAGCGUACGGCGGAGAUGACUCUCAUGGCCUCACCUAAUGCGGUUUCUCCGGCGGAGCUCGCCAAAACGUCUUCUCAAUCUCCCACGGGAGUCAUAGAGGAAGGAGGCUCCAGUGGAGCUGGUCGAUCCGAUGAAAAUGACAAUAACGUUGAGAAAGACAGUUAUAGCAAAACAACACUCAAACCGGCCAAUGACAUGAGCAAGAUGAAAGAUACGACGAGACCAGCUUCGAUGGGAGUUCUAAACUCCGUCAGGAUCAGCUACACUAAGGGAACGCCUAGUUCCACCAUUAAAAGCGUUCUCAAAGUCUCGAACGAGCCAGAGCUCAUAUUAAACAGAUAUAAUUUAAGGAAAAUCGAGGAGAAGCUAAGAUGUGCGUUCGUAGAGUUUCAUCGGAAACUAUGGUUUCUUAAAAGCUAUAGCUUUUUGAAUGUGUUGGCGCUUUCGAAGAUAUUGAAGAAGUAUGAUAAGGUAACUUCGAGGGAUGCUGCGAAGUCUUACAUGACAAUGGUUGAUAACUCUUGCCUUGGAAGCUCUGAUGAGGUUAUGAGACUCCUUGAUCAUGUUGAAACUACAUUCAUAAAGCAUUUCACAAAUGGCAACAGAACAAAAGGAAUCAACAUCUUGCAACCUAAAGCUAAAAGAGAGAGACACCGACUUACAUUUUCCACAGGUUUCUUGGGUGGAUGCAUGUUUUCCCUCGUUGUGGCUCUUGUCGCUAUCGUUCGCACCCGAAACAUCUUACAAGAUGAACGCCAGGAACAGUACAUGAACUCAAUGUUUCCUCUUUAUAGCUUGUUCGGAUUCAUCGUGUUGCACAUAAUUAUGUAUGCUGCUAAUAUUUAUUUUUGGAGGCGGUAUGGAGUAAACUAUUCCUUCAUAUUUGGAUUCAAACAAGGAAAUGAACUCGGCUACAAACAAAUACUAUUCGUGGGAUUCAGCAUUGGUGCGCUUGCGCUUCUUUGUGUCCUUGCCAAUCUUGACAUGGAGACAAACCCCAAAACUAAAGAUUACCAAGCAUUAACUGAACUCCUUCCUCUUUGCCUCCUCAUUACUAUGCUCAUAGUUCUAAUCCUACCAUUCAACAUUUUCUAUCGAUCAAGUCGCUACUUCUUUCUCAAUUGCCUAUCUCGCAUUCUUGCUGCUCCUCUUUGCAAGGUGACAUUAUCCGAUUUCUUCUUGGCAGAUCAAUUAUGUAGCCAAGCGCAAACUCUUCGAAGCAUUCAUUUCUACAUAUGUUACUACGGUUGGGGAGACUUCAAACAAAGGCAAAACACUUGUAGAGAGUCACGAGUCUUCAACACUUUCUUAUUCAUUGCUGCUGCCUUCCCAUUCGUUUCUCGCUUCCUUCAGUGCAUGAGGCGAGUGUUUGAAGAGAGAAACAUUGAACAAGGGUAUAAUAGUUUCAAGUACUUUUUAGUAGUAGUUGCUGUUUGCUUAGGGAUGGCUUAUGAAGUUGAUCGAAAGAAAGAUAGUCAAACUAUCUGGAGAUGGUCAGGUGGGGUUACUUCUGCCAUGGCUGUGGUUUUCUGUACGUACUGGGACUUGGUUCAAGACUGGGGACUUCUUAACCGAACAUCCAAGAAUCCGUGGCUACGUGAUGAACUCCUAGUACCCCACAAAGAAGUUUACUUCAUUGCCAUGAUCUUGAACGUGGUGCUGAGAUUUGCGUGGCUGCAAACAGUGCUAGAUUUACAAUUUGAAUCAAUUAACACACAGGCGGCGAUUGCCUUUGUUGCAAGUCUUGAGAUCAUUCGUCGUGGGAUAUGGAAUUUCUUCAGGUUGGAGAACGAACAUUUAAACAAUGUCGGGAAGUUUAGAGCUUUCAAGACAGUUUCAUUACCAUUCAACUACGAGGAAGACCAAAAAAUAUUAUGUGGCCUUAAUUAGUGGUGACAUGUAGUUUGAUAUCGAUGAAUGAAUAAAAGAGAAGAUUCAAUUUUUUUUAAAUGGUGGCAACGACAGAUAUAAAAACAGGAGGAUAGAGAAUUGAAAAAGAGUAAAGAGAAUGUAAGGGUGUAAGAGGAAAAAAAGUGUAUCAAUGUGUAUUACUAUUUUAACAUUCUACAUGUUUUGAUAUAUUGUUGUAUCAAGUAUUAUCUAAGAGACCAUAUACUAAACAAUAUAUCAAUUAACAAACUAUCUAUCAAACAAUGUAUCA